AUGUCAUUCGAUGCGUCUGCGGCGCUGAACAUUUCCGACCCAGAUGCGCGCGCCGUAAGCUCCUCCUGCUUUGACUUCUUACUCAUCGAGCUGGUGCCGAUGGCCGAGCGCCUCGCCAAGGAGCUUGCGACGAACGAAAACGAACCAGAAGAUGAGGAGGUCAGGGAGACUACAUACUUUCGUCUUGAAACUUUAGGCUACAGGACAACGCUCCAGCUUGCUGACGGCAUCUUCUCGCGAUUCAGAUUCUCCCGUGAUCGACCUCGAUUCACAGACAAUCUCGACGUUAUUAAAUUUCUAUGCAAGGAUCUUUGGACAGUUUUGUUUCGAAAACAGGUCGACAAUUUGAAAACCAACCAUCGGGGAGUCUACGUUCUCACCGACAGUGCAUUUCGCCCGUUUGGAAGAAUGAGCAUGGCGGCGCGGAGUGAAGCGAUAUCAAUGGCGCAAGCGUACCUCUGGUUUCCAUGCGGUAUCAUUCGAGGUGCUCUAGCGAAUCUAGGCAUCAACACUACGGUACAGGCUGAGACAUCGGAUCUUCCAGGGGCAACUUUCCAGAUCAAAACCGUUCAGGCCAGACCCUGA